AGGGUAGGAAAAUCUUGGGGAGCACUACAAAUGUUCCCAUAAAUAUACUAUGUGUGUGUCUGAGAGAAUUGAAAAAACAAAAAACUGACAAUCAAUUGUUUGGUGGGUAGUGUGUUCACUUCACCUCUCUUCCAUCAACAAUAAUGGCUUCAAUGUAUGAUUCCGAUUCCGAUUCCAAACCAGUAAACGAAGAAGGAGAUCAUCCAUGGAAGGAAGCCAUAAACAAAGGAUAUGGAACGACAGGGCUUUCUAAAAUGCGUCUCAGAGCACUCCCUAAAGCAUUCAUUCAGCCUCCAGAAAAGAGAUCGAGCUCGAUGAUCAGAGCGUCGUCACAGGCAUCAGGAGACACAAUACCGAUAAUCGACAUGUCGAAAGCAGAGGCAGCAGAAUUAAUCUGCGAGGCGGCAGAGAAAUGGGGUUUUUUCCAGGUGAUAAACCAUGGAGUUCCGGCGGUACUGAUGAGUGAUGUAAUGCAUGCAGCUCGGAGAUUCUUGGGUCAGGCGGCGGAGGAGAAGAGGAGGUUUCUGAAGGAGAAUACGAGUUGUUCGAAUGUGGUUUAUAUGACAAGCUUUUUCGCCGAGGCAGAGAAAGGUUUGGAGUGGAGCGAUUACUUGAGUAUGAAUUUUGUUUCUGAGGAGGAAGCUUAUGCCUUCUGGCCUGCCAUUUCCAAAGAUGCAACAAUUGAAUAUCUAAAGAGCUCAAACACACUAAUCAAACGUGUAUUAAAGAUUCUAAUGAACAAACUAAAUGCCAACGAACUAGACGAAACAAAUCAAACUCGCAGAAUUCAAUUCAACUACUAUCCCAUCAGUCCAACCCCCGAUCUCAGUGUCGGAGUUCGCAGCCACUCGGACGUUUCUCUUUUGACGGUUCUGCUGCAAGACGAUGUCGGCGGGCUCCACGUGCGACGAGAGAUCGACAGCAAAGGAGAUGAAUGGGUUCAGGUGAAGCCAGUAGCAGAGUCUUUAGUAAUCAACAUUGGAGAUUUUUUGGAGAUAAUGAGCAAUGGAAUUUACAAGAGCGUGGAGCAUUGUGUGGUGUCCAAUGGAAAUAUCGAUAGAAUGUCGAUUCCCAUAUUUGUGGGUCUGCAAAAUUCUCCCACUAUUGGACCGUUGCCGGAGGUGCUUGCGACGGGGAAGAAAGCAGAGUACAAGGAAGUUGUGUUUUCGGAUUAUAUUAAGUAUUUCUUGAACAAGCCACUUGAUGGGAAGAGCACCCUUAAGCUUGCCAAAAUAUAGUGAUGAUCAAUAUUUGAGUUUAGUGGAUGCUUAAUUAUGGGUCAUGUAUGCAUGGAUUUAAAAUGUUUGGUUGCUUUGUACUAUGGUUCUACUUAUAAUAAUUUUAUUAAAUUGUUCCCUAAUCUUAUGGAUACCAAGGUUUUCGGGGGUGUGGAGUACAAUUUGGAAUUUUGAUAA